AUGCGUUUCUUCGUCUUCAUUACCAACGCGGCAGUCGUUACCGCUUUAACACGCUGCACUUUCACCCAGACUGUGCAGGACAGCCCGGACGCCAACUGCUUUUCUUGUCCAUCUGUUAGAUGUGGCUUAACAAAACUUCCUUUGAGCGAUGUAGCUGACAUUGGUUUCCGCUACCUUUGCCCCCCUGGGCAGCAGGGCAAGCAACCUCCCGGAGGCCAGGGAAAGCCCGGAGGCCAGGGGAAGCCCGGAGGCCAGGGAAAGCCCGGAGGCCAGGGAAAGCCCGGAGGCCAGGGGAAGCCCGGAGGCCAGGGGAAGCCCGGAGGCCAGGGGAAGCCCGGAGGCCAGGGGAAGCCCGGAGGCCAGGGAAAGCCCGGAGGCCAGGGGAAGCCCGGAGGCCAGGGGAAGCCCGGAGGCCAGGGGAAGCCCGGAGGCCAGGGGAAGCCCGGAGGCCAGAGGAAGCCCCCUGGACAGUAG